CCUCCCCAAAGUGGAGAAAGCAGGCGUGGAAGCACUGUGAGGCUCAGGAGGGAGGUGAGGCAGUAAACCAGAUCUUUCCCAUUUUUUCCCUCUAGCCUAGUCCUCUGUUUCUAUGAUCUGCCUUUUGAACUGUUUUUGUGACUGAUCAGUUCCACCUAAUAUGUCUCUUGAUUUCUGCUAUUGUAAUACUCAGGCGACAUGCUGUUCUCUUCAUUUUUAUAAGCUUUAGAUGCUUCUGCCUGUCAUUUUCUGGCGGUUUAUCUUCAGCGUCUGGAUUUGCUUUCAGACUUGAAUGUCUAUCAAGCUGCCGUUGCUUUGAAUGUGAGAUCAAAAGAAGAUGAAUUCCAGUAAAAAAUUUCCUUCUAUGAAGAAAAGAUUGGGGCCUAUGUAAACAUCCCACUGACAGCUCCCAAUGAGUUAUUUUAGCCGAGUAUUAGCACCUGGAUGACAGACAGUCCAGCACUCCACGCUAAAUAACAAAUCAGUAGCUUCCGUGGCAGAAGAACAUUGCCACAAGAGCAAUACAUUUUGAGAAGGAUUCCUUUUCUUCCUCCUUUUUUUUUGUUAUUGAAUAUGGCUGUUCAACUCUUCCUCCUGUUUUUCAAGCUGACUUGCUGUGCCUUCAGCAGUUUACUUUUCUUUACAGUCUCUGUUGAGUUGCUCCGGUGCCAGACGUCAGGACUGUAAUAAUCAUUUUGGGGUGGGUUAAGGAGUGUUCCAGUAGGCAGGCUAGGCAUCUGGAGAUAAACAGGUAGUUUGCUAGAUGGUGGAGAAGGAAAAUGUAAAGGACAGCCUGUCAAAGCCAGAUCCAGGGUACAUCCCUGGAAUGCGGGACAAUGUGUUCUUUAAAAAUACGUGUGACAAAAAUCCUCUAAAGUCUGCAAAAUCUGAAUUUUCUUCUUCUUUUUUUUUUUUAAAGCAUCCUGCCUAUGUAAAUGUCACCACAAAAAUAUCUCAAGAGCAGGUUUCCCGAAACCCUGUUGGUGUGUAUUUGUCUGCGUGAAUGAGCUGUGUUUGGCUAGGGCUUGGUCUAGCCAGGGCGCACUGCGUGUGCUGUGUCGCUGCUUGCAGACCUGGAGCGGUUUAGAUACGUGUGGCAUUAAUAGAUUUCUUUAAGUGCUAAAUGCAACUUUGAAAAUUACCUGCAAGCUCCAACUGAUCUUUCAACUUUGAAAGUGAAGAAUUACUUGAGGAAUUCUUGUGGUUUCUUUGUCAUUUAGUGAGAGCCCAGCCAGCUACUGUGGAGGCAAACCUCCCUGAGGUUGCCUACAAAGGGCAAUGUUCCAGUGUGUUUUCUCUUCGAGUGUGCUUCAGCCGCACAGUACUUCCUGUUUAUUCAAACAUCUUUUUCACCACUCGGCAACCCCCGCUUCGCAGAAACAGCCAGAACCCAUCUACAGCAAGAAGACGGAAAUCCAAAGGCAGACAGUACGGGCUCCCUUCGCCAAACUCUUCAUUUUCUCUGCACUUCAGGUGGCAAGACAGCUCCUUCUUCAGCAGCAACAGCAGCAGCAAGUUAGUGGAUUAAAAUCUCCCAAGAGGAAUGACAAACAACCAGCUCUUCAGGUUCCCGUGUCAGUGGCUAUGAUGACACCUCAAGUUAUCACUCCCCAGCAAAUGCAGCAGAUCCUCCAGCAACAAGUGCUGAGCCCUCAGCAGCUCCAGGUUCUCCUCCAGCAGCAGCAGGCCCUCAUGCUUCAACAGCAGCUUCAAGAGUUUUAUAAAAAACAACAGGAACAGUUGCAGCUUCAACUUUUACAACAACAACAUGCUGGAAAACAGCCUAAAGAGCAACAGCAGGUGGCUACCCAGCAGUUGGCUUUUCAGCAGCAGCUUUUACAGAUGCAGCAGUUGCAGCAGCAGCACCUCCUGUCUUUGCAGCGCCAAGGCCUUCUGACAAUUCAGCCCGGGCAGCCUGCCCUUCCCCUUCAACCUCUUGCUCAAGGCAUGAUUCCAACAGAACUGCAGCAGCUCUGGAAAGAAGUGACGAGUGCUCAUACUGCAGAAGAAACCACAGGCAACAAUCACAGCAGUUUGGAUCUGACCACGACAUGUGUCUCCUCCUCUGCACCUUCCAAGACCUCUUUAAUAAUGAACCCACAUGCCUCUACCAACGGACAGCUCUCAGUCCACACUCCCAAAAGGGAAAGUUUGUCCCAUGAGGAGCACCCCCAUAGCCAUCCUCUCUAUGGACAUGGUGUGUGCAAGUGGCCAGGCUGCGAAGCAGUGUGCGAAGAUUUCCAAUCAUUUCUAAAACAUCUCAACAGUGAGCAUGCGCUGGACGAUAGAAGUACAGCCCAAUGUAGAGUACAAAUGCAGGUUGUACAGCAGUUAGAGCUACAGCUUGCAAAAGACAAAGAGCGCCUGCAAGCCAUGAUGACCCACCUGCAUGUGAAGUCUACAGAACCCAAAGCCGCCCCUCAGCCCCUGAAUCUGGUAUCAAGUGUCACUCUCUCCAAGUCCGCAUCAGAGGCUUCUCCACAGAGCUUACCUCAUACUCCAACGACCCCAACUGCUCCGCUGACUCCCGUCACCCAAGGCCCCUCUGUCAUCACCACCACGAGCAUGCACACGGUGGGACCCAUCCGCAGGCGGUACUCAGACAAAUACAACGUGCCCAUUUCUUCAGCAGAUAUUGCGCAGAACCAAGAAUUUUAUAAGAAUGCAGAAGUUAGACCACCAUUUACAUAUGCAUCUUUAAUUAGGCAGGCCAUUCUGGAAUCGCCAGAGAAGCAGCUAACACUAAAUGAAAUCUAUAACUGGUUCACACGAAUGUUUGCUUACUUCCGACGCAACGCAGCCACGUGGAAGAAUGCAGUGCGUCAUAAUCUUAGUCUUCACAAGUGUUUUGUGCGAGUAGAAAACGUUAAAGGGGCAGUAUGGACAGUGGAUGAAGUAGAAUUCCAAAAACGAAGGCCACAAAAGAUCAGUGGUAACCCUUCCCUUAUUAAAAACAUGCAGAGCAGCCACGCCUACUGCACACCUCUCAAUGCAGCUUUACAGGCUUCAAUGGCUGAGAAUAGUAUACCUCUAUACACUACCGCUUCCAUGGGAAAUCCCACUCUGGGCAACUUAGCCAGCGCAAUACGGGAAGAGCUGAACGGGGCAAUGGAGCAUACCAACAGCAACGAGAGUGACAGCAGUCCAGGCAGAUCUCCUAUGCAAGCCGUGCAUCCUGUACACGUCAAAGAAGAGCCCCUUGACCCAGAGGAAGCUGAAGGGCCUCUGUCCUUAGUGACCACAGCCAACCACAGUCCAGAUUUUGACCAUGACAGAGAUUACGAAGACGAACCAGUAAAUGAGGACAUGGAGUGAAUAUCGGGGCCGGCCAACCCCGAGAAUGAAGAUUGGGAAAAGGAAAAAAAAAAAAAAAAAAACACACGUCAAAAGUUAGCAGUGAAAUUGUUCUCCAUUUGUUGUACAGUCUGGAGGAUUUUCACUACAUUUUGACAACUCUGAAAUGUGUUAACUCUUAGUGCCAUCAAGAACCCCAUUUGGGAGUAUUUUUGAUUUUUCUACUUUUUGUUGAAAAAAGGAAUUUGUACUCUGUGCAUUGGAUGGACUUGUUUGGUACUUGGGAUUUUCCUCUCUUAACCGUCAACAUCAGUGUUGUAAAUUUGCUAAACUGAUUCACUUUUAGCAGCAGACUUUGAACUGCAGUCCUGCCAACGUUGGACACUGAGGACGCCCGACGGAGCUUGUGCACCUAAGCUGCAGACCAAGCCUUUGCCCAGAAUUUAAGGAUUCCAAUGGACGACCUAUUUGCACAGUACUGCAUGUUGAUUAUCACUGCCUUUACUCCUUUUUUUUUUUUUUUUUUUUUUUUUUUGCUUCCAGUUGGGAUGGGGAAGGCCUUUGUGUGUGUAUUGGGGGGAGGGGUUAAAAAAUAAUUAUCCCAAACUUUUUAAUGUAUUGCUUUUUUUUUUUUUUUUUUCUUCUACUAUACCAUUUUAAGUUCUGACCUCAGGCCUCCAUUUGGGCCGAUGGCCUCUUGGAGGCUUAAAGUUUUCUGUACCUUGUGAUGAAUGUUAAUAGGUGUUUUUAUUAUACAAAGCUGAAUGUCAUUUCUUGUUUGUAGCUUUCUGUCACUCAUUCCAUCUUCCUUCAGACAUCACCGUUUCUCUAAAGUCAGAAAACAUUCCGUUUUGGUCUUUUUCAAAAAGGUCCCAAAUGCUGCACUCUACACAUGAAGGCCCUCUCACACAGACGUGACAUCCUGCCAGAAAGAGAAUGAAUGACAGAAAAAAAAAAAGACAAACUCUAGGAACAAUGCCGAUUCAUUCCACGCAGCAGUAUUGGGGGUGGUUGGGGGGAGGGAUGUUUUGGAUUUUCCUUUUUUUUUUUUUUUCUUUUUGCAGCAACCAUCAUUCUUAAUAAAUGCCACCACAUUCUACCAGCACAAGGAAACAUAGGCAGCACCGAAAAAAAAGCUCAUACUAGACUGACGGUAUGGCCGUGGAAGGCUCUCCCUUGUGGAACCAAUUUGCCAUGGGCCUUAGGAGCUCUGUGAUAAUGAGUGUGGGUUGGUUUUGUUUGCAAAUUGGCAGUGCUGAGUUUAUACAUUAGUUCAGACCUGCUUGGUGGCAUUAAACUCUUCGCAUGCAAAUUCCAUUUCAGAUUGAACUUCUUAAGAGAGUUAAUGAGGACUGAGUUCAGCAAAUGCUAAAGUGUUAAUUUCAAAUAUGCAAAUUUGGUACUGCAGUUUGUUACGCAAUAUUAUAUCACCAACCCAGUAUCAGAAACUCAUAGAAGAUACAUGUAGGUCCUGGGCUUUGGGAGUUCCCACACAUGGUAUGCAGAAUGUGAUGGUUACAGGUCAGUACAAUCUCAGUUCUUAGAACCCCUCUACACUUCCACUCUGCACCCACUUUUCCUGUCAUUUAUUUAUCUAGAACUGUAGCUUUUAGUUUGAGAGCCUUUCGAAGCUUAAUUUAUAUUCUACCUUUUUUUUUUCUAAAAUUACCAAAGAUAUUACACAAAGGUAAAUUAUGUUCUCUGUUUUAUGCUUUAUCUGAUGAAGCCAAAUAUCCUCUUAUUGUUGAUCAAAGGAGGCAAAAGAAUUUAGAGGCAAAUGACAAGCGAUAGGCUAUUGCAACCUGAGAAAGAGAACUGCUCCUUCAUCAUAGAGUAAAUUUAGAAGACCAAGUAGAAAUGGAACCAAAGUUGUUACUUUUUUCUAGUAGUUAUUUUUCUUUUUUCUUUUUGUGUACCUCUACAGAGACCAAAACUCAUUUCUCUUAAAGAGAUUUUAUGGGGCUACUGCAGAUAAAAAUAGGACACAAUAUUAAAGGAGCUACAGAAGGAAGGGAGUCCCAUCUCAGAAAAAAAUGAAUGUAUGCCACUGCAAUUAGAGUAUCCAAUAAAGGAGACAGUUUAGAGUCAGAACAGAAAAGUUUCCAUAAGUGAACUAGAUCACAUAAUAGCAUUUCUAGAAAAAAAAGAUAUUUUUAGAUUGUAUGCCACUUUUGUUUAAGGACUGUGCUGUGAUCACUGUAUUAAUUUUGGUUAAUCUUGGCAUAUAUCCUUCAGUUUGUUUUUAUUUUUAAUUUUUCCUUCCUUCCUUCCUUUUCCAAUUAGGCUUUGGUCAGCAUUUUUCGUUUAAAGAAAAGUAACACUCCCAUCCACUCAUAAGCUUGGUACAAAAACUUCUCUGGCAGUUACUUUUGAAGCUUCACUCUGCUUUCUGUAUAAAGGGCAGUCUGUGGUCACGCAAGACUUAAAAAAAAAAAAGCAAAAAAAAAAAACACUUUUCCAGGCAGCUUCAUGAUGUGCAGGCAAUAGCCAGACAGGGUCAUGGGAAGGGGGCCCUGUGCUUCUAAACUGAGUGGUUGCUGGUUAGUUUGGUAUUCAAAAGAGGAUAAAAAUCUGGUAGAUUAGUUCAUUCUCAGCAUGUGUAGCUAGACAUGAGUAAAGAUAACAGCAUGAGAAACUGUUAGUACGCAUACCUCAGUUCAAACCUUUAGGGAAUGAUUAAAAUUAAAAAAAAAAAAUACAUUUCACUCAGUUGCACUUAGUCGUAUGUCUUGCAUGCUUAGUCUAAAGACUGUAGCAAAAAAAAAAAAAAAAGAAAAAUUAGAUUUUACAUAUUUUGCAGGUAUCACAGCCUAGCAGAAGAACCAACUGAAAAAAAAAAUAUUCUCAGGCUUUACAGCAAGCAAACUUCACUAUGAUUUUUACAGUUCCGAUUCUGUAUCCCCUGGGGGUUAUCCCAGUUGCUUCUUUAGGAUGGGGUUUAUUAUGUUGUACAUAUAUCCCGAUGUGUCUGUGUGAAUCUUUGUCUUUUUUGGGGGAGGGCGGAGGGCGGUUCUUUUUUUAGAUAUUGUUCCUAAAAAGGAAUAAAUGCAUACACCUGUUUGUCAAAACACCUUUGCUUUUUGUGCAACUGCUUUAUAUUAACGAUACUAAAAAAAAAAUAGCUUUGGAAAAAAAAACUACUGUAUGUAAUGGAAUUGCAGAAUAUGCUGCACAUGUAUUUUAUUUAGUUAUCCUUGCUUUAAGAUUUUGGAUGACAUUUCCUGACAUGUGGGAGGGAGAAACUCCCUUUUUUUUCUGCUUUUAAAUUGUAACAUAGUUGAAGAUUUUUUUUUCCUGUUCUCAUUGAUUGGAGCAUUUUGUACAGGUUUUUUUGUGUGUGUGCGUGCGUGCCUGUGUGUUGAUCUGUUUUUUGAUACAUUCCCGUCCCUUCUGUUUAUCCUACCACUGCCUUCCUGGCUAUCUUAAACAAGUUCAUACAUUUGAAAAGAAAAAAAAAAUAUGUUGUUUAAAAACUGUUUUCUCCUGCUGCAGUAAAUAUUUUGCAUGAUGAAAUUCCAGGGUCACACUUUCAAAGUUUAUCAGUGAAGUAGUGAUUAACAAUGGGGAGUGAACUUUUGUAUAAAAAAAAAAAAACAACUUUAGAAGGUGCCAAGAUGUAAAGAAAAUUUGUAACUUUUUUUGUCCUCAAAGAAAAGCCUACAUUAGGGAGGUAGUCCUGUGUGUCAGACAAAUGCACUGUCAGGAAUGAGGGUCGAACCUACCUGUCCUAGAGUCUGUCUUGUAAGAUGAGUUAGGCUGCCACCUUGGACCAGCAGCAAAAUGGAAUAUCAAGGCUUCUGUACAUACAUGAAGAGUUACUGCCAUUCCUGCCACCGUUGGACAGCUCAAACACCAUUCCUAGAAUCCCGUUAGACCUAGUAAAGAAAACCUUGGAUUCUUUACCCAAGAUAUGCUCUAAAUCACCAGCUUUUUUUUUCUCACACACAGAAAAAGAGUUAAAAAAUAUUUCCUCUCUUUCCACAUUCCAGCUGAGCUCUGUUUCCAAAGGCACAAAAGAAUGUGCUUUUUUGGAUUUUGACUCUUUUUGGUACUCUUUGGGUAAUGACGUAGCCUCCUGAGAUUUUGGAUGUCUUCAAAGUCAGUUUAGUUUUUUUACCCUGAGAAUCAGAUUUACAAUGCUGAAGGCAUUUGUUGGGCCUUGUGUGGCUCAUGCAAUCUCUGCUACCCAUAAGCCUUGAUGAAGAUGACAGAGUCCGGACUGUGAGCAUGGUGCUUCGUGUAUAUGUGCUGCCAGUAACAAGAAUUUUUUUGCUUUGUUUUGUUUUGAUAAGGCAUAAAAGAAACUCAUUCCUUGACAUCAACUGUAAUUCCAUCAUUCCAUGUCUGCGGAUACAGACAAUAAAAAAAAUGUUGUGUAGUCAGUACUAAUUACUGACAUUAUAGCAUUCUCAAAUGCAAUAAAAAUGCUGGUUGUUCACACUGGUAGUAAAAGUC